AUGGGAAACUCCGGCAGUUCACAGAAGAUUUCGGCUCAGGAUCGGGCGAUCCUUGACCUCAAGAACCAGCGUGAUAAGAUCUACCAAUACCAAAAACGUAUAACUGUCCUCACCGACCGCGAGACCGCAAUCGCGAAGGAAUGCCUGGCGCGCAAUGAUCGCCGGCGAGCUCUGCUUGCUCUCCGGCGCAAGAAAUAUCAAGAAUCGCUCUUGUCCAAGACGGACAGCCAACUGGCACAGUUGGAGCAGCUGACGGGCCAAGUGGAGUUUGCGCUUGUACAGAAGGAUGUACUAUAUGGGCUACAGCAGGGUACACAGGUGCUGCAGGCGAUUCAUAAGGAGAUGGGCGGGAUCGACGGUGUGGAGCGAAUGCUAGAAGAAAAUGAAGAAGCACGCGCCUACCAAGAGGAGGUGAGCCAGAUGCUGGAGGGUCAUCUGUCGAAUCAAGACGAGGAAGAUGUCGAGGACGAGCUGGAAGCUUUGCGGCGCGAGGUUGAAGGACCAGUCGUUCUACCGGAUAUUCCAUCGGGCCCUAUUCAGGAAACCGAGGAGGUGAUAGAAGAGGAGGAAGCCCAGGAACCAACCAAGGCCAAGGCCAAGGCUCGUACCCCCGUUUUGGCCGCAUGA